CAAUAGCCAGAUCUAAAAGCUGUCAUGAAUGGUGGAUUCUGUUCAUCUGCCACUUUUCAUACAUAAGGCGAGGGUCAGUGAAUGUUUUCAUUUAGAAUUCAGGAUAAAUUGUUAGCUUAACUCUGUUUUGAAAGUACUCUUGUUGGAAUCUGAAAUGGUGCGACUGUUUUUUGUGAAUGAUAUUUUAUUAUGUAUGAGAAUGUUGUGAUUGUUCUUGAAUAAUCAUCAAUAGGCUUUUUUGUGGAGGUUCUUGAAGUUGAAUGAUAGGUUUUUUCUGCCUCAAAAGAUGAAACUAGCUCACUCAUAAGAACUCGACCAAACUGAUUAACGCAUGAACAUUGAAGGUGAGAUUAAUUUGAAACUUUCAAGAUCGAUGGAAAGUUUUCAUUUACCACGAAACUGCUAAAAGAGCACGGUUUUGCAACAAAUUCUAAUUUACACAAUUUAAGAGCAUUUUGUAUAAUCUUUCUCUAGGAAAAAGUUAUUUAUUUAUGGAUUCUUUUAAAUAUAGUUACGGUUUAUGAAAUGUUAUAUAUCGUUUUGUUGAUCCUAAAGACUAAAGACGUUUGGAUAUCGAGAUCAAAAUCUAUUUUCAUUUACACGCGGGUUGAACUAUCUACGAUAAUAUGUAAGUUUAUUAUUUUACUAUAUUGCAUCAUUGAAACCUAUAAUCUUUUAAAAGAAACUGUCAGGUCAUUCAUUAAUGGUGAAUAAUAUUAGGAAGGGAAAAUCCCUAAAAACCAGCCCAGAUGGGUUUCAGGCAUUUAAAAGAUGGGCAACAGAAAAUGGGAACUUGUGCGUGAUUCUUAAGCCAAAUGACGAAGAAGUUCAACAUCCAAUCACCAUUCCAUCUCCUGAAGAACCACUUUUGGUUCAUUCUUUAUUCUCUGCUUGGAGUUUUCUGCUCUUUGAAUUUGUCUUCUUCACAGAACAGAAUAAGAGCAGCUUCCAUGUAAAUCAUCCAUGUAAAGGGCUGUCUAAGUUUUCAGAGCUUUCGUUGUUUCACAGGUAAUCUUUCCAUCCAUUUAUGGAAGUUGGUUCUGGCACAUGCCAUGCUCUGACUCUGCUUGCUUUAUCUGCUUCUCCUUCUCUGUUUGUCACUUUCUCCUCUUAUUUCUGCUAACAACAUCAUCUGUUUCAUGAUUAAAGAUGACGAGUUCUGGGUUCAGUACAGAGUUCCCAAAUGUUGCAGAUCCAAUGCAUGAUUCAUAUCUAUCUUGUUUUCCCAAGCUAAACGAUGAGAAGUUUCUUCAUCAAGACCUCAACUUCCUUCCUUGCUCUUCUUCAAUGGCUGUAUCUAAAGGGCCCGAGAUUCAUCAAAUGAAAGAACUCUGUGAACCAGUUCUUGCAAAGAAGAAAAGGAGAGCUACAAGUGAGCAUAUUGCCGGAAUUGCUCUAUCAGAUCUGGCUAAAUACUUUGAUGUUCCUAUUACAGAAGCUUCAAGAAGUCUAAAUGUUGGAUUAACAGUGCUGAAAAGAAAAUGCAGAGAGUUUGGGAUUCAUCGAUGGCCGCACAGGAAGAUCAAGUCCAUUGAUGGUCUAAUCCGAGAUCUUCAGGAAGAAGCAAAGCAUAGAGAGGAAGAUCAGAAAGCUUUGAUGGCAGUGACAAAGAGGCAAAUGAUGUUGCAGAAUGAAAGAGAGAGCAUCGAGAGGACACCAUUUAGAGAGCUGGAGAGUGAGACCAAGAGAUUUAGGCAAGAUGUUUUCAAGAGAAGGCAUAAAGCUAGAGCUCUAGUAAGCCACAGUCCAGUUUAGUUUGCAGCAGCCAUUAUAUUCAACAAAAUAAAUGACUUGCAAAGUAGUUUGUUACUUUUUUUAAUCUCGAUCUUGUCUCGAGAUCAAGGUCUUUCAAUGCAAUAUUGUAUCUCAUCUUGGUUCCCAAUCGACAUGGCCCACAUGUCUUGAUGUUA